AUGCUGGCCGCGGCCAGCGCGGGCCAGGGCCUGUCGCCGCGGGGCGGGCGCCUGUUGGGGGCGGCCGAUGCUGACGCAGUCAAGCAGAUCGACCUGGACAUGCCCCGCACCGCUGGCGGCGACCCAUUGUUGUCUGCGCGGCUCAGCUGGGUGCGGGCCAUGCUGAUGCGGCAGCUCGCAGAGGACCCAGAUCUGGGUUACUGCCAGGGGAUGAACCUCGUCGCGGCGAUUUUCGGCGCCGCCGCGGGCUCGUACGUAGAGGCAUACGAGCGCUUCCACACGUUCGUGGACGGCGUGAGGGGCCUGUGGCUGCCUGGUUUCCCGGAGCUGCAGAAGGCUGCGUCGCUCGUGGAAGUCCUGGCCGCGGACAGAAGAUGGAUGAGCCACCUCAGCGAGCACGGGAUCGACCCGAUGAUGUAUUUGCCCCAGGCGUUGCUCACCCUCUUCGCCUCCUGGUUGCCGCCCGUGACGUUGCUGCACUGCCUGCCGUCGCUGGAGCGUGGCGGCAUGGCUGGACUGCUGGCGACAACGCUGGCGGUGCUCGGCCUGGCGGAGCCGCAGCUGCUGAGGCAGAAGAGCGCGGACACCCUGAUGCCGGUGCUGCGCAGCAUGGUGGACAUCGCCCCCGACGCCAUGACCCUGGCAGUGGAGCUGCACCGAGAGCUGCCCGCGGCGACCAGGGCGCUGGCGCGCGAGGAUCUGCCCGUGCUGCGGCGAGAGCCCACCAUCGAGCGCCAGAUGUCAAGAGUGCCCGCUGGGGCCUCCGCCGAUGGUUAUGCUGAUCCUCCUCCUCUUCCUCCUCGUCCUGCUCCUCCUCCUCCUCUUCGUCCUUAA